UCCGCGACUGCGCCUCGCCGCCAUUCGGAAGGCUCUCGCUCUGCAGGGCCUUGCUGUGCAGCUCUAGACCGCAAGCCCGGCCUCCCACCGACGUUCGCGCACUGGGACGCCGCCGCCUUGCAGCGAUGCAGUCCUAGAUGCAGUUUUCUCCGAUGCUAGGAUGCACAGGUUCAUCUUUGUCCUUCAUGUACUCCAGGCUAUUUUCAGUGGUUUAGUCAAAAAGCCAUGUGAACUUGCUGCCCUUUGAAGACUACUUUUAAGACUUCUAAUAAGACAGCUGCCCCGUUGAAACUUUUUAAAGAAUAUAAUUGUGUGUGUUACAACAGAAAGAAAAAUGGAAGUAUUUCAGGAACUUCGUAAAGCACCAGUGCGUCUGGAGUGUGACCACUGCAGUUUCCGAGGCACGGACUAUGAGAACGUACAGAUCCACAUGGGCACCAUCCACCCAGAGUUCUGCGAUGAAAUGGAUGCUGGUGGAUUAGGUAAAAUGAUAUUUUACCAGAAAAGUGCAAAGCUAUUUCAUUGCCAUAAAUGCUUCUUCACCAGCAAGAUGUACUCUAAUGUAUACUAUCAUAUCACAUCCAAACAUGCAGCCCCAGAGAAAUGGAGUGAGAAACCAAAAAAUCAGUCAAACAAAGAACCAGAUUCUGUGAAAAGCCCUCCUCUUCCCGAACACCAGAAAACGCCCUCCAGUUCCACAGAACUCCAGAAACCCGCGCCUGCCCCUUCCAUCGAAACCCCGACACUCGGGCCAGCUCUGUCCCCAGAGUCACCCAAACCCACUCUCACUCCCCCGGAGACUCAGAAGCCUGGCCCUGUUGUUUCUCCUGAGCCACAGACUCCUCCUCUUCCUUCUCCCGAGCCACUAAAAACUACCCCUGUUUCUUCCCCUGAACUUCCAAAACCAGUCCCUGUUGUUUCUGAGUCUCAGAAACCAGCCUCCGUUCCUUCUCCAGAACCACAGAAACUUGCUCCUGUGUCUCCUGAGCCAGUAAAGACUACUCUUAUUAAUCCCAAACCUCAGAAACACUCCCACUUCCCAGAAGCAUUGGGGACCCCUUCAUCCUCCUCUCCAGAGUCACCAGUUCUAGCUGCUUCCCCUGAACCCUGGGGGCCAUCCCCAACUGCGUCUCCGGAGCCUCGGAAGCCGGCCCGGACAGUCUCCCCAGAGCCAAGGAAGCCAUCCCCGUCACAGUCUCCUGAACCUUGGAAGCCAUUCCCUGCUGUCUCUCCAGAGCCUAGGAGACCAGCCCCAGCUGUGUCACCAGGUUCUUGGAAGCCAGGGCCACCUGGGUCCCCCAGGUCUUGGAAAUCUAGUCCUUCGGCAUCAGGACCCUGGAAGCCAGCUAAACCUGCUCCAUCUGUGUCUCCUGGACCUUGGAAACCAAUUCCUUCCAUAUCACCUGGACCUUGGAAACCAACUCCAUCUGUGUCCCCAGCAUCCUGGAAGUCUUCAUCAGUCUCAGCUGGAUCCUGGAAAACUCCUCCCGCAUCUCCUGAGUCAUGGAAGUCGGGUCCACCGGAACUUCGAAAGACAGCUCCUACCUUGUCACCUGAACAUUGGAAGGCAGUCCCCCCACUGUCUCCUGAGCUCCGUAAAGCAGGACCUCCCUUGUCUCCUGAGCUUCGCAAACCAGGUCCACCAUUGUCCCCAGACAUUUGUAGUCCAGCGGGAUCUCCAGAACUCAGAAAACCCUCAGGGUCUCCAGAGCUUUGGAAGCUUUCUCCUGAUCAGCGAAAGACUCCUCCUGCUUCACUUGAUUUUCCUGAGUUCCAGAAAAGUUCCCGUGGUGGUUCCCCUGAUCUCUGGAAAUCUUCCUUCUUUAUUGAACCUCAGAAAUCUGUCUUCCCUGAGACCCGGAAACCUUCUGGGCCACCUGAGUCCCCUAAAGCAGCCUCUGAUAUCUGGAAGCCUGUUCUCUCUAUUGACAGUGAGCCUAGAAAGCCUGCCCUAUUUUCUGAGCCUAUCAAAUCAGCCCCUCCUCCUUCUCCCGAACCACGAAAACGAGCUCUUUUCCCAGAGGCACGGAAACAUUCCCUUUUUUCUGAACUUGCCAAACCUGCUAUGUUCUCAGAAUCUCAAAAGGCAGUUGAACUAGGUGAUGAACUACAGACAGAUGCCAUAGAUGAUCAAAAGUGUGAUAUUUUAGUUCAGGAAGAACUACUGGCUACACCUAAGAAACUCUUAGAAGACACUUUAUUUCCUGCCUCAAAGAAGCUCAAGAAAGACAGCCAAGAGAACUCUGAUGCUGAGCUUAGUAGUAGUGAGUAUAUAAAAACAGAUUUGGAAGCCAUGGAUAGUAAGGGCCAAGAAUCAAGCAGUGAUCAAGAGCAGGUUGAUGUGGAAUCUAUUGAUUUCGGUAAAGAGAACAAAAUGGACAUGACUAGUGCAGAGCAGUCCAAAAAUGUACUCCAGUUUACUGAAGAAAAAGAGGCUUUUAUCUCAGAGGAAGAGAUUGCAAAAUAUAUGAAGCGUGGAAAAGGAAAAUAUUACUGCAAAAUUUGUUGCUGCCGUGCUAUGAAGAAAGGUGCUGUUUUGCAUCAUUUGGUCAAUAAGCAUAAUGUCCACAGCCCUUACAAAUGCACAAUCUGUGGGAAGGCUUUUCUCUUGGAAUCUCUCCUUAAAAAUCAUGUAGCAGCCCAUGGGCAAAGUCUCCUGAAAUGUCCACGUUGUAAUUUUGAAUCGAAUUUCCCAAGAGGCUUUAAGAAACACUUAACUCAUUGUCAAAGCCGACAUAAUGAAGAGGCAAACAAAAAGCUAAUGGAAGCUCUUGAGCCACCACUGGAGGAGCAACAGAUUUGAUUUCUAAAAACUGUGGAUGUAUGCUCUACAAAGUUUUUUGUUGAAAGUGUAGUUAAAUAGCUUAGUUGGAUCGGUAGAUGUUGACUUGUGUGGUGUACUGUGUUUAAUUGUCUCAGUAGUGUUACACAGAAUAGGCAUUUGGUUAUUUUUUCAUGGUCUCUGUUUAUGUUGCUGUCUUACAAGGCAGUUCAGACUGUAUAUUCCAGAUGGAUAAAGUAUCUAAUUUCUUUUAAGUACCUGUGAAUAAUAUGAAAUGUAGGCGUUCAUUUAACAAGUGCGAGUGAUACUCAAUUUAAAAUACCUAGUUAAAGUGUCUUUUUUGUGAAACUAAUUUCAGACAAUGGAAAUUGGUUGGAAUGCAUAAGAAUUAGGCAUGAAAAUUUUGAGAAAUAUUCUUUUUUUAAAGUAUUUUCAGAUCAUAAAAGUUAUUUUGAAGUUUCUAUUUGAUCAUUUUUAUAAAUCUUGAACAGUUUCUAGAUGUUUAUUAACUUUUAUGUCAUGGAAAAUUGGAGUCUCAGGGUUGCUGAUUUUCUGCUAAAGGGGGGAAAUUGAGUAAGUAUAAAAAGUAGUUUGCAUCCUUCUCCUGUAGGAAACUGAGAAAGGUGAGUAUUUUUUUUAGGCUUUGUCCUUAGUUGUUUGUGUUGGAGUCUUCCAUUCUGUACCUUAUCCCAGGAUCCGGCCCCUCACUUCCCUGUGGGCUCACACCAAUAGACGGUCCUUCAUUGCCAGAUGUUUGAGAUGUGCCUCCUGCUCCUGGGCCUUGUAUGUCACCCACUGGGGCUUCACACUGAGGUAAUAAGGAGGAACUGAGAGUCUUCCAGGUCGACCAUAGAAUAUUUUAUAAGCAGACAUUUCUGUUGGAGAAUGUGUCCAUUUUUUUUUAAAGUUGUUACUGUAAAUACCUUGAGCCCAUUCAUGGAUUAUUUUACGCUAAAAUAUUUUGUCAAAUGUGUAUCAUCCAAAUUAAAAGGCUUUUGUGUCACCAA